AUGGGCUCCGUCCAGGUCGAAUUCAAGAACCCUGCCACCUCCACUCUGCUGGAUCUGGUGAAGGCUCGUCGCACUCACUACGCCCUCAAGGCGGAGAGCCCCAUCUCCGACGCCGCCAUUGAGAAGAUCGUCCAGGAUGCGGUCCUGCACGUCCCUAGCUCCUUCAACACCCAGACCUCGCGUGUCGUCCUUCUCCUGAAGGAGGAGCACCAGAAGGUGUGGGACAUUGCUAUCAGCAUCAUGGAGGGUCUGGUUGCCGCCGGCACCGUCCCCAAGGAGAUGUUCGAGAACCACACCAAGCCCAAGCUCGAGGCUUUCCGUGGUGCCUACGGAACUGUCCUCUUCUUCGUCGACUACGAGUCUCUGGCUCCUAUCAAGGAGAAGUUCGCCAUCUACGCCGACAAGUUCGAUCCUUUUGCGCUCGAGUCCAACGCCAUGUCUCAGUACCUUGUCUGGACUGCCCUCCAGUCCGAGGGUCUCGGUGCCAACCUCCAGCACUACAGCCCUCUGAUCGACGAGCAGGUCCAGAAGCAGUGGAACCUGCCUUCUUCUUGGAAGCUGGAUGCCCAGCUUGUCUUCGGUACCCCCGCCGGCGAGCCCGGUCCGAAGGAGUUUGCUCCUCUGGACGGCCGCUUCAAGGUCUUUGGCAAGUCCGCAUGA